AUGAUAUCCCAUGGGGGGAGGGGAGGGGAAGAGCCCAGGCCAGUUCCCCUCUCUUACAGGCUCCUGGAUGGUCAGGACACUCUCCCACCUGUUGUCUUCCUGCACGGGCUGUUUAGCAACAAAAACAUCUUCCAGGCUGAGGCUGAGGCCUUGGCAAAGCAAACAGGCAGGAAGGUAUUGACAGUGGAUGCUAAGAGCCAUGGAGAGAGCCCUCAUAGCCCUGACUGCAGCUAUGAGGCCAUGAGCACUGACCUGCAGGCUCUGCUGUCGAAGCUAGGACUCAGCCCCUGUGUCCUCAUCCGGCACAGCAUGGGAGGCAAGACAGCCAUGGCGCUGGCACUGCAGAAGCCAGAGCUGGUGGAACGUCUGGUCUCAGUGGAUAUCAGCCCCUUGGUGGCCACCGACAUGCCAAAGAUCUUUAAAAUUGUACCUGCUAUGAAGACUAUAAACAUCCUUGGAGAUGUUUCCAACUCUGAAGCUUUUGAAAUAGUUGAUGAGUAUCUGAAGCUAUUUGUCAAGGAUUCAAGUAUUCGGCAGUACCUGUUCAACAGUCUGGUGCGGGUCAACGGACAAUAUGAGUGGAAAGUCAAUGCUGAAAACCUGUGGCAGCAGCAAAACUCAUUUCUGGAUAGUCUUCAGAUCCAGGGCAUCUAUCAUGGCCCCACACUCUUCCUCAGAAGCACCAAUUCGUCCUUCAUCCCACCAAGUCACUAUCCCAAGAUCAAGCUCCUGUUCCCUGAAGCUCAGUUCCAGACCUUGCCUGAUACUGGCCACAUCCUCCAUAUCAAGAAGCCCCAAGAGUUCAUGAACAGUAUCCUCAGUUUCCUGUCCUAG